AUGGUUUACCUCAAGUCCAUCGUCAGCAGCACCCUGCUGUUCGCCGCAGCGGCCAACGCCCUCCCCCGCGGCAGUACAGCUACCGGCAGCAACGCCAACAGGGAGCGUGCCCUCGACCUGGGCGGCAUCCUCGGAGGCGUCACCGGUACUGUCGGAGACGUCGUCGGCGGCGUGACCAAGACUGUCGGCGACGUUACCAGCUCCGUCGGCGACGUCACCAGCUCCGUCGGCGACGUCACCAGCUCCGUCGGCGACGUCGGCGGCGUGACCAAGACUGUCGGCGACGUUGCCAGCUCCGUCGGCGGCGUGAAGGAAGCCAUCGGCGACAUGGCGGAGCAGGUCAGCGGGGCCGUGUCCAAGAUCGCGGGCAUGAUCAGCAACGCCAACGCGUCCAACAUCAUACCCAACCGGUACAUCGUCGUGUACAACAACACCUUCGACGACGCCUCCAUCGACACCAAGGAGGCCGCGUUCGGCAGCCUCCUGAGGAAGCGCUACAGCCAGCUGAGCAGGACGAAGCGGGCGACGACGGCCCAGCCGGCCAUCCACUCCAUCAAGAUGAGCACGUGGCGUGCGGCCCGCCUGGACGACGCCGACGAUGACACCAUCGCCGACAUGUUCAACUCGGCCGAGGUCGAGUACAUCGAGCACGACACCACGGUCAAGACGACGGCCCUCAUGGCGCAGACCAACGCGCCCGUCGGUCUCAGGCGCCUCUCGUCCAACACCACGGGCGCCGACGCCUACGUCUUCGACUCGUCGGCCGGCGAGGGCAUCACGGCCUACGUCAUCGACACGGGCGUGCUCGCCAGCCACUCCGAGUUCGAGGGCCGGGCCACCCUGGCGGCCAACUUUGUCAACAACGUCGACACGGACGAGAACGGCCACGGCAGCCACGUGGCGGGCACCAUCGCGGGCGCCACCUUUGGCGUCGCCAAGAAGGCCACCAUCAAGGCCGUCAAGGUGCUCGACGGCCAGGGCAGCGGCAGCAACUCGGGCGUCCUGGACGGCAUGCAGUUCGUCAUCCAGGACGUCGAGGAGAACAAGCUCAAGGGCAAGGCCGUCGUCAACAUGUCCCUCUCGGGCGGCCAGUCGGCGGCGCUGAACCGCGCCAUCCAGUCCAUGGUGGACGCCGGCAUCGUGCCCGUCGUCGCCGCCGGGAACGAGGCCACCGACGCCAGCACCGAGUCCCCCGCCUCGGCCCCCAACGCCAUCACCGUCGGCGCCAUGGACGCCCUCACCGACCAGGUCGCCGACUUCUCCAACUUCGGCGAGGGCGUCGACAUCUUCGCCCAGGGCGUCGACGUCGAGUCCGUCGGCAUCGCCAGCGACACCGCCACCGAGGUCCUCUCCGGCACCAGCAUGGCCAGCCCCCACGUCGCCGGCCUGGCCGCCUACCUCAUGGCCCUCACCAACACCACCGACCCCGCCACGCUGACCACCAUGAUCAAGACCCUCGCCAAGAACAGCGACCCCGUCACCGGCGGCCAGGCCGACACCACCACCCUCAACGCCAACAACGGCAACACCUACCAGGCCUAG